AUGGCUUUAUUUACGAUUCUGUGGUCGUUGCUCUUGGUGGCUUCUUCUUCAUCUUUCGUCUCGGUGGAAUGCAUAGGGAAAUCUCAGAGUUUCCAGAGUUUCGCUGCAGUUCCGUCUGUUCCCUCUACAGCUUCGCGUUCUGUAACUAUUGGGGAGUUAGAUUCAUUGAUCAACAGCAUUAGAACAGCUGUUGAUGCACCUGUUAUUGCUUCAGCUCCUCUACCUCUCCCUACUUCUAAAGGUGGAAACGGUGUUCUUGUUUCUCGAGGAAUAUUUACGCCUGCUUCUCCAGGUCCAUCUAUUUCGAGUUUCAGUGGUCGAAGCUACGGCGGACCUGCAACUGCUUCAUUUGGUGCUACAUAUAGCAGCAAUAGUAAAGGCAGUAUUAUAACAGAUACACCUGUUGCUACACCAAGUGUAAGCAGUUUCGCAGGACGAAUGGGCGGUCUACCUCCAUGUGGAAGCUGUAAUAUGUUUACGAAAGGAGGAGGAACAACAAACGGUGUAACAAAUGGUGGGGGUAGCACAGACGUAGAUAUUGUUAUUGACUCUAAUAAUAAUGGAAGUGAUACCGUUAUUGUUGAUGAAACAAAUACAAGCGAUACUAUUCAAACCAACGGAGAUGUCGUCGAUGUUACAGUUCCAGCGACAGACGUUGCAGCAGUUCCACCACCAGCCACUGCUUCCUUUGCUUCUUAUCGGCCCGCAUCUUUUGCUUCUCGUUCUUCUCGUAUGAGCAGCACACCUCAAGUAGUAAUAAGGAGUUAUUCUUCUCAGAGGGGUUUCCCGAUAUCUUCUAACCCGAUUUCAUUUAAUGUACAGCAGAGCUUUAGCCGCAGUGCUACACCUUCUUUUGCGCAAACGGAUGCUGUUCUAUUACCUUCAAAAGGACUUACUACCUUCGUUACUACGCCAAUCAAAGGCGGCCUUAUUAAUGGUAUAAAUGGAGGAAAUGGAUUUAAUGGUAUAAAUGGAGGAAAUGGAUUUAAUGGUAUAAAUGGAGGAAACGGGUUUAAUGGUAUAAAUGGAGAUGGUGGAUUUAACGGUAUAAACGGAGAUGGUGGAUUUAACGGUAUAAAUGGAGAUGGUGGAUUUAACGGUGUAAAUGGAGGUAGUAAUGGGUUUAAUGGUGUUAAUGGGGGUAGUAAUGGAUAUACUAAUGGAGGAGGCGGAGUAAAUGUUGUUAACGGAGAUGGUGGAUUUAAUGUAGGAAAUAAGGGAUUCAAUGGUGUUAAUGGGGGUAAUGGAUAUAAUGGAAUUGAUGGGGGUAUUAAUAACGGGUUUAAUGGGGGUGGUAAUAACGGGUUCAAUGUGGGGGGUACUAAUGGAUAUAACGGAUAUAAUGGGGGUGGUAGUAACGGGUUUAAUGGGGGGGGUAAUAACGGGUUCAAUGGGGGUAGCAGCGGAUAUGCAGGAAUUAAUACAAACAAUGGAGGCGGUAUUGGAGGAAGGAGCGGCCAGUGGACACCAUCAAAUAAUUAUAAUAAUAGUAAUGCUGGGUUUGCUUCAACUUCUAAUGCAUUCCUCUCUGGUAAAGGUGGAGAUGCUGUGCUCAUGGGUGCAUCAGCAGAAGACAGCCAAAAUCUAUCCACUGAUGCUGCUGCUGCUACCCCUCAAACCCUUUCAGGCAUUGUCAACUAUAUCGAAAGGAGGCUAGAGAAGAAACAAUAA